AUGGAGGACGAUUUGGAUCGCUGGGAAGCGCGCAAGGCGCAAGAGGCCACAGAGCAGACGCAAUUUUCUGUGCCGCAGAGCAUCUACCUUUCCUGGAUAAGGCAAGAGCUCGACGACGAGCAAGCCUGCAUGGAGCUGCCUUUCAUGAUUCUGGUGGUGAUUUCAUUCACCUUGAUGGCGGUUCUGGCGCUGAGCCAGCAUGUGGUCCUGUCUGUGGAGCAGGCGAUUGAGCAAGACAUCAUGCAAAAUGCCAACUUUGCUUUCAACGAGUAUAUGGGGCACAAGACCCUUGUGGACGUGCACUCCUUCGGCGACUUUUGGUCGUGGCUUCGCUUGGGCUUUGUGCCCCUGGUGCUUCCCCGGGGCUGGGUUUAUUCGGAGCGCCGAGUCCCCGAUGUCACCAGUGUGUUUGGUCUCAGUGAUGCCGAUUCCGUGCAAGCGCCGGAUGCAUGGGAUUUCGAGAACAGGUACCGCGCCCCUGUCACUGGUGAUUAUCUGCACUACAAUCGGAUCAUUGGGGGCAUACGCUUUCGUCAGCAAGUGGCACCCGAUGGGCCGUGUCGCUUUCCCGGCUCUGCUUCCCAGGAGCUCUUUGACCGAUGGUAUGCGAAGCCUUGCAUGCCAGCCUAUGAGGAAUUAGCAUUUGAGCCUGACACCUCCAACGGCGAGAACUUCGUACAGCCGGAAAGGCAGGAGUGGAUUCUUAUUGAGGAUGACUACGCGCGCAUCGUUCAACAGCUGGUGGAUAUGGAAGAUGGAUGUGCUCGGACCAUUGGCGCCUCCAGUUCCAACUGCUCGUGCAAUUGGUGCAUUGCUCAACAGCCUCCCUCUCCUUGGCUUACGGAGCGGACUCAGAGAAUAGAGGUGGCCAUGGUGUCCUUCAACGCGGAGUACGGGCUGCUCACGCUGACAGGGGUUAAUCUUUGGAUAGCCCGAGGAGGUCGCAUCCGCAAGCGUGUGGAGUUGAUGUCUCUCUGGAUCAACUUUUCACAGCCGACGGCCGAGAAUCUUCCUGCCAUUGUGUUUGCCGGAGUGUGGCUGCUGUGCUUGCUCUACAUCUUCGUGAAUGAGCUGGUCGAGAUUGUUUCUGCCAUUCGAAGUGCGGAAGCCAGGUGGCAUCGUGCUUUACUCGAGGACUACAUCGGGCUUUGGAAUGUUGUUGACUGGCUAUCGAUUUCGGUAGCCGCGGUGGUGUUGGUUCUAUGGUUUGGCCUCGCCACGGAGGCGUCAAACCUGCAGCAACAACUCGGCUAUUUGCAGACCCAGGACGCAGUCCUGCAGCGGGCUGUGCGGGUGGGUCGCGUGGCUGCUUUUUACGAGGCGGUUGAGGCAGUCUGCACAGAAGAGAAGCGCUUCCGCUUGAUUCUGUGCUUCUAUCCGAUGCUUCUUCUGCUCCGACUGUUUAAAUCCUUCGCGGCACAGCCGCGCCUCGCCGUCGUCACAGACACCAUAAAGUUGGCAUCUCAAGACCUUCUGCAUUUUGGCAUCGUGUCAGUCGCGGUGCUUGCGUGCCUUUGCUUGAACGCCGUCCUCCUUUUCGGACGAGACGAGGAGGCCUUUGGGAACUUGUUUCGGUCCUUGCACAGUGCUUUCCGAAUGAUGUUCGGGGACUGGGAUUGGAUGCCAAUGGAACGAGUCAGUCGAACUGGCGCCUACCUUUGGUUUACCAUGUUCAUGGUUCUUGUGGUUAUCAUCCUUCUUAAUAUGCUGUUGGCCAUCAUUCUCGACAACUAUAUGGACGUCAAGCGAGUCUCGGCGAGCGCCGACUCUCUGGGAGCUCAAAUGACGGAGAUGUAUCGGAGACGAAAAAUGCUAAAACGCAAAGAACGUGUGCGUCUCAACGAUAUCUGGGAUAGUUUUGUGGCAGAGGCCAGUGGCCGCCCAAAGAUCGCACUCGCAACCGACCGGCAGAUCACAGCUGAUAAACUGCAGCAGAUCGUUCCGGGCAUUCCUCACUCUCAAGCAUCCCGCACUUUACAAAACUCCUGGUUGGCUCAUCUGAAAGCAACCACAGCGCCGUUCGAGUUGAAGCAUUCUUCUCGUCACCUGGCGGCUUUCGAGAUGGAGACACGGAAAGUGCGAAACGGCUUGUUCUUCCUCUUUGAUCGCCUGGACUUCUACGACACGCGGUACGACAGCGAGGGUGCAGAGAAGGACCGAGAAAAGGCAGAUGGAUCGGCAUCACAACCGAACAGCCCCAAGCUGCGAUCUGCCGACUCCGGGCGAACCUCCGCUCGCUCGGCUCGCUCAGCUCGCUCUGCGCGUUCUGCCAGGGAUUCUCCAGCAGGUCCGGGCCCCUCCGAGAUGGAGCAGGAGAUCCACAUGCAGAUGCAGCGUCUGAGUGUUGAAGCCGCAGAGAAGUUAGCCACGGUCUUGAGCAGUGUCGACAAGACCCAGGGCCGGAUUGAAGAGAAGCAAGCGGUGAUCCAGGGAAGCUUGCGCGACAUGCUCCAGGUCCUCCUGCAGCUGCAGACGUGGCCUUCUGGUGAAAAAUACACGGGCCAGUUCUUCAAGGGUGUCUUCCAUGGCCGAGGGACCCGAUCAUGGCCCAACGGGGACAGCUACAGUGGAGAGUUCAGACACGGCGAGCCAGACGGCGAAGGCAAAUUUGAAAGUGCUGCGGAAGGUUGGGUUUACACUGGUCACUGGAUCCAUGGCGAGAUGUGUGGCAAUGGGCAGAAAACCUUGCCUGAUGGAGUCGUUUAUGUCGGGGAGUGGAGGCAAGGAUGCCGGAAUGGGCAUGGAUGCCUUACCUGGCCGAGCGGUGCCUGUUACGAGGGGCAGUUCGUCGACGACUGCAUGGAAGGGCAUGGUCGCAAAACCUUCGCUGACGGGAGUUGGUGCGAGGGUGAGUUCAAAGACGGUGAACUGGAAGGCCAUGGCACCUUUCACUGGCCGGACUCCACCGAAUUUGAGGGCCGCUGGCAGAGAUCGCAAGUCGUUGGGCCUGGAACGCACCGCUUCGCCGACGGGACGUGCAUCGCCGGGAACUUCGAAGACUGUGGAGCAACAGGAGAAGGAACCAAGACCUGGGCAAACGGUUGCAGCUAUGCUGGCAGGCUGUUGCACAACCAGAUACAUCACUAUGGUGUUCUGCGGUGGCCAGACGGGCGUUGCUAUGUGGGCCACUUCAAGGACGAGGCCAUGCACGGCGUCGGGAUGCUUUCCUGGAGCGACAGCCUGGGCAGAUGCGUCUACAAGGGCUAUUUCGAAGACAACCGCUUCCAUGGCCAUGGAAAGCUCCAUGACAUGUUGCUGUGGAGGGAGGAUGGCGAAGACGACCACCAAGGUGCCAUGGAGUGUACAGGCUUGGACAUGAAAGUCAUGAGGAAAAUCUCGAUGGCCGGCCUUUGGCGGAUGCUGGAGCCAGAUCCGAAGAAGCUCGAGCGACAGGUAUUUGGAUCCGUUGACGGAAAGAGGCAGGCAAGCUCCAGACUUCCUCUGACCGCCAGCGCCAAAGUUGACAUAGCAGCUGCAAUGAGCUGGCCGGCUGUCCGCGCUUGUGCGACUGCUACUGUGCAGCUCCAUCGCUGGGCAAAAGAUUUUGCUGAGUUCUUGCGAGGUACGCUGGGGUUCCUCGCCCUUCAAACAGGGCCAAGCGAUGCACUGCCUCUUGCGCUUCCCGUGCCCUUCGCGCAGGCCGCCCUGUGGGCUGCUGAGCUGCCAGCCCUUCGUCUGUGUGACCUCGGUGUCGAUGAUCGACAGGAGGGCUGCCCAGCUCAGCCCGAGCAUGGCGGUGCCGGGUUUCUUUCUACCGUCUUCACGUGGCGGUAUGUCCUGAACAAUCUGCGGGCACUCCUGGCCGCCGACCUGGCCGUGGCCGCCGAGGCGGCCACCCCACGCACUUCAUCGCUUCCAAGUGGAGCAGCUCAAGCCAUCCUCUCCCUACUGCAAGCUCUCGAUCGUUUGAUGCAGAUGCCAAUUGUCGCACAACUGGCAGACAUUGCCACAGCGGCUCGUCAGCUUCUGACCGAACUCAGGCCGCACUUAGAAGCUCGACCACCUCUCGUUCUCAUGGUUCCAACGCUGCAGCACAUGGGCCGGUAUUGGACAUGGCCAGCUGAUGGUCGGACCAGCUUGCGCGAUGCUGCUUUCACAUUGCGUACUGGGGCUCAGAUGCCGGCGAUUGGCUUUGGUACCUGGCGCCUGUGGGCGAAGGAUGCGUACCAGCCCGUCCGCUGGGCACUGGAGGUAGGCUACCGGCACAUCGAUACGGCUGAAGGCUAUGCCAACGAGGCAGAGAUUGGCCGUGCAAUUCUGGACAGCGGUGUCCCUCGGAGCGAGAUCUUUCUGGCAACAAAAGCCUCAUCAGUGCCAAAAGGGCUUGCUGACAUUUCCUAUGCAUCUGAAAUUUUUGCGUUCCAGCUCGGGCAACUAGGGACGGAUUAUGUAGACUUGUAUAUGAUGCACACACCGCCAUCCGACCCGCAACUGCUGCAAGAAGUUUGGAGAGUAAUGGAGUCUUUCUACGAGCAGGGCCGGGCAAGGGCACUUGGCGUGUCCAACUGCGACGUGCGAGAGCUGCAGCAGAUUCUUGAGUUCGCAAAAGUUCCCCCAGCUUAUGUGCAAAAUCUGUUCAAGAUCUAUAAGCCCGGUGAGCAGAUUCCAGUCGAGGAUGUCGUUGCCUUUGCGCACAGAAAUCAAUUAGUCGUUGUGGGAUACUCAGUUCAAACAGAAUGGCCACACAUCAUGGUGCCAUUGCAAGAUCCACACCUUCUGACGAUUGCCAGCCACGUGGGUAGAACACCUUCCCAAGUCUUGCACCGUUGGACGCUCCAGCGUGGUGUCGGUGUAAUCCCAAAAUCGGCGACGCGUCAGCGAAUUUUGGAGAACUCGCAACUCCUGGACUUCGAGUUGACAGACGAGGUGAUGCGACUUCUCGAUGGAUUAGCUACACUUUCCGAAUCCGGUGCGAGCGAAAUCAAGCCACUGCAGGAGGACAUUUUUGGUCUGGCCAGGGUCUCUGCCUCUGCUGAGUCUGCAGCGCAAGAGGCAAGGGACAAGCCGAAUGUCCUCGGGCUACAGGACCCUCGCGAUAAGGGCUUCCCGUAUGCGGCAAUCAGGGACCACUUGCUUGGUGACCCCGUGGCAUUGGAUCCGGACCUGUGCCGGCAGGCCUGUCUCAACGAGCCGCGCUGUGCAGCUUGGGAAGUCUGUGCCCCUAUCAGCCCGGAGGCUGGCUGCGGGGGCUGCUACCUGAUCGGCCACGUAUCCACACCGCCGAUGAGAAUUCCCGGUUGGCAUGCUGCUGUUGAGCGAAGCCCUGCAUAG